AUGACGAGUUUCAUGAAAUAUGGGAAUUGUUGUUACUGGAAAUUAUUGUCCAAAUGUUGUUAUAGUCUUGAAAUGACUAAGUUGUUGGAAUUGCUUGAGAUGUGGAAAUGUGAUUAUUUGUCGAUGGAUUUAAAUGAAAACAUGCUUCAAUCGUCUGGGGACUUCAAUGGAGAUCUAAGAUCUUCAGCUUCAAUCGAUCUCAUUUUCAUGAUGGAUCUUAUCUUCGUGAUCGAUCUCAGACUCCAACGCAGAUCUAUCCUCUCUCCUUCUUCGUUUCCGCACCAGCACCCCUUCUUGCUCAGUCAUCAAACUGAGAUUUUCGACUCUAAAGCAAAGAUGGAGCUUCUUGACAUCAUUCUAACCAAGUCUAGUAAAGGGAGGUUGAAACAAGAUGAAGCAAGGAAGUAUUUUCAGCAGCUCAUAAAUGUGGUGGAUUACUGCCACAGCAGAGGUGUCUUUCAUAGGGAUCUGAAGGGAGAUGGGUUACUGCACACAACCUGUGGAAAACCAAAUUAUGUUGCUCCUGAAGUGAUUAAGAAUAAAGGCUACGAUGGAGCUAAAGCAGAUCUAUGGUCGUGCGGUGUAAUAGUUUUUGUACUAUUGGCAGGCUUUCUGCCAUUUGAAGAGUCCAACCUCAUGGAAUUAUACAAAAAGUAUUUAGCAAUUCUUAUUGCAUUCUUUUCAUGA